CUGGACUAGAUGACGGUCGAUGUCGGUGUGCAUUAGACCGGAUCAUCCUGCUCCGGUGUGGACGGUGUGACCCUGGAGGAAAGGCGCGUGCCCGACUGCAAACAGGACGUUCAGGAAGUGCUCACGUGCGGGACAGAGAGCAGACAUGACGCGGGUCGUGCUGCUGCUUUUCUGGGUCCUGUGUGACCGGACCGACGGGCUCCACAUCCGAGGAGACCGGGACUUCAACGGGACCCUGUCCGGGGCUCCGGACGUGGUCGCGGAUGUGGAUCUUUCCGCGGUGAUCCGCCUGGUGGACCCGCGCUUUCUGUCCGUCACCAUCGAUGCGAGUCUGGCGUCAGAGGAGAAGUUCAUGUACCUUCUGGGAUCUCCAAAGAUCAGGACGUUGGCCAAAGCUCUGACUCCAGGGUUCCUGAGGUUUGGCGGGACCAGACAGGACUUCAUGGUCUUCACCCCCCGGAGGUCUCACCUGCCGGACUCUGGCUUCCCUGCAGGUAACGGCAGCAACAGUCUGUCAGCUCCGUCAUGUGACGAGCUGGAGCUUCCCUCCUGGCUGGAGGAGCGUCUGACGGAGGAGUGGACUCGACACCAGCCGGUCCUGCUGAAGGAGGACCUGCAGAGGAAGUACAGGAGAGUCAAGUUCACAGAGUUCACUGUGGACCUGCUGCACGCCUUCGCCAACUGCUCCGGCCUGGACCUGAUCUUCGGCCUGAACGCUCUGCUGCGAACAGCUGACAACAGCUGGAACAGCAGCAACGCCCGCUCGCUGCUGCAGUACUGCCAGUCCAGGCGCUACAGGAUGAACUGGGAGCUGGGAAACGAACCGAACAGCUACGAGAAGAAGGCGGGGGUCCGGGUGGACGGGGUUCAGCUGGGACUGGAUUUCACCCGUCUCAGAGAGAUGAUGUCAGAGUCCAAACUGUACCAGGACGCCGGGCUGUACGGGCCGGACGUGGGCCAGCCCAGAGAGCACCGGGUAGACAUCCUGGAGGGGUUCCUGAAGACCGGAGCUGAGGCUGUGGACGCUUGUACCUGGCACCAUUACUAUGUGAACGGGAGGGACACGUCCCUGGACGACUUCCUGGAUCCAGAGGUUCUGGACUCACUGGCCGUGAAGACCAAGGAAGUGAUGGAGAAGGUGCAGCUGGUGUCUCCGGGGAAGACGGUCUGGCUGGGAGAGACCAGCUCGGCGUACGGGGGAGGAGCUUUGGGACUGUCGGACACCUUCGUCGCAGGAUUCAUGUGGCUGGAUAAGCUGGGCCUGGGGGCCACGCUGGGUCUGGACGUGGUGAUGAGGCAGGUGUUUGUUGGUUCUGGUUCUUACCACCUGGUGGACGACGAGCUGGACCCUCUGCCUGAUUACUGGCUGUCUGUUCUCUAUAAGAGACUGGUGGGCCCAGAGGUUCUGAAGGUGGAGGCGUUCUGUGCUCCGGGCCGCAGCAGGAGAGUGAGGCUGUAUCUGCACUGCAGCAACACCAACAGCUACAGCAGAGGAGCCGUCACCCUCAUGUCCAUGAACCUCAGCGAGAAGCCGGUCAGCGUCUCGGCCCCCGCCCUCGUCUCCUCCAGCACAGUGGAGGCCUUUGUCCUGCAGGCGGAGCGGCCGGGGGAGGAGGGGCUCUACUCCAGAUCUGUGAAGCUGAACGGAGACGUUCUGAAGAUGGUGGAUGAUAAAACUCUCCCUGACCUGACGGGAACUCGUUUGCCUCCGGCCGAGCGGCUGCGGCUCCCUGCGUUCUCUCUGGCCUUCUUCGUCUUCACGGACGCUCGGGCCGCAGCCUGUCGCCGUCGUCAUGGAGACCUCAGGUGACGAGCUGACACGCGGACAGUCGUAACACUGAGAGCUGCUCAUCACUGGACCAAACUCACUUGAACUCUGGUGACGCACUGAUGACGUGCUGCUGGAGAAAACACUGUAAACUGUCCAGUUUCCAAUAAAGUUUUUUCUACCUCUGUUCACACA